GCGGCCCCGAUCGGGAAGUGUCAACACCGAGCUGGGUUCCCCAGUCUUCGCCGCUGCCACCCUCAGCUGAUCCCGGACCCUCUAGCCAGGCCCGGGCCCAGCCGCCAUGACGAACGUGUACUCGUUGGAUGGGAUCCUGGUGUUUGGUUUGCUUUUUGUUUGCACCUGUGCUUACUUCAAGAAAGUACCUCGUCUCAAAACCUGGCUGCUAUCGGAGAAGAAGGGAGUUUGGGGUGUGUUUUACAAAGCCGCUGUGAUCGGAACCAGGCUGCACGCUGCCGUGGCAAUCGCCUGUGUUGUAAUGGCCUUUUACGUCCUGUUUGUAAAAUGAAUUCCAAAGCACCCAUCUCAUCAGCUGCCAACCAAGAGGAUGAGGGUGAAGAACCUGUCCGGGGCCUGGGCCCAGCGUAAGAGAGCUCAGCUAAAAUCAUCAAAGUCCCCAAGAUGACACCACAGCAUCUGCUCCUGCCAUAUGUGGGGAAAACUCCUCAUGGUUACAAACAUUAUUUAUGCUUCAGGGGACUUGAGGAAGCCAACUUCCUUUGAUCUGUGUGUGAAUCAGUUCUCAGCAGAGAGCAUAUAAUGUCCAGAUAAAUUACACCCCACGGUGAUAAGAUUACAUAUACCUCCUGCACAAAAACCUGUCACCUAUUUUGUUCUUCAGUCCCUCAUCAGGAGCUUUUCAAACAGAGACUCAUUAGGGAAGGACAUAGGCUGUGUUCACACCUCUUGGAAGGAGAGAGAAUUUUCAAGACUUGACUUUUCUUUUUCACUGUUUGAUUUGCAUUUGGCAAAUUGUUGGGGACAGGGUGGGUGGGUGGGUGGGAA